AUGGCUUCGGAGAAACCAACACCGGUGGUCAGCGAUGAUAUUUCAAAAAACGAGUUGACUUACGAGUCUGCGGGCAACCUAGAGAGGAACUCAUUACAGGGUGAAGGGAAAUUUGACGAUAAUGUUGCUCGCAUCACGGACCACAAAGCAGAGCGAGCGCUAUGCAGGAAAUUUGAUGUCCGCUUGAUGCCAGUUUUGGCUAUAAUGUGCAACGUGGGUAAUGCCCAGACAGAUGGGUUGAGCAAAGAUCUCAACUUCAAAGACGGCCAAUACAACCUUCUCCUCUCCAUUUUUUUCGUUCCCUAUGUGCUUUUCGCGCCACCAGUGUCUAUGCUGGGCAAAAAAUACAACCCUGCCCGCGUUUUACCUAUUCUUAUGUUCGUUUUUGGCUCAAUGACUCUUCUCUCCGCCGCCACUAAGAACUUCGGUGGCAUGUUCGCCCUUCGCUGGUUCCUUGGGAUGGCGGAAUCCGGUUUCUUCCCGCUGGUAAUCUACUAUCUCACAACUUUCUAUCGACGUGGCGAGCUUGCCCGCCGCCUCGCCAUUUUCUACGCGGCGUCCAACAUUGCCAAUGCUUUCUCGGGCCUUCUCUCCUUUGCUGUCUUCAGAAUUGAAAAUACCUCGCUGGAGGGCUGGCGCUAUCUCUUCCUUAUUGAAGGCGCCGCUAGCGUCGCCUUUGCAGUCUUCGCAUACUGGUACCUGCCCCUGAGCGCCGCCCAAGCGAAAUUCCUCACUGAGCAGGAGAAAGCGCUGGCCUUCCACCGCAUCCAAGUAGAUUCCAGUUCCGUUGUCGACGAGAAAUUCAACUUCCGCGACGCAAUCCUCGUCUUCAAGCAACCGAUCUCUUAUGCUUUCCUCGGCGUCGAGAUGUGUCUCGGCAUUCCCAUUCAAUCUGUCGCCCUAUUCAUGCCCCAAAUCAUUCAACGCCUGGGCUACACCACUGUGAAAACGAACCUGUACACCGUCGCACCCAAUUGCACGGGCGCCGUGAUGCUUCUUAUCCUCGCGUUUUCGUCCGACUGGGCCCGCAUCCGCUUCCCUUUCAUUGUCCUUGGCUUCGUUCUUACAUUCACUGGCUUUAUCAUCUAUGCUGCAAUCGAUGACGUGAAUGCCCAGCUGAAGCUCGCGUAUUACGCCUGCUUCAUGAUGACAUGGGGUACCUCUGCCCCUUCCGUGCUACUCAGUACAUGGUACAACAACAACAUCGCGCACGAAGGCCGCCGCAUAAUGCUUACCUCUGUCGGAGUCCCGCUGGCCAACGUGAUGGGAAUUGUCAGUAGCAACAUCUUCCGAGCCAAGGACAAGCCCAAGUAUGAGCCUGCGUUGAUCACAACUGCAUCAUUCGGGGCCGCGGGUGCGACCCUCGUGGGCUGCCUGGGGCUUUAUAUGUUGUUGGAUAAUAAACGCCGAGAUCGUCGAGCGGGAGUCACCAUCAAAGCGAGGGAUGUGUCGACGAAGAAUCUAAGGGAUGGCCCGUCAUCGGAGGAAUUUCGAUGGUAUUUGUGA